AUGUUUAAGGACGUACAACAACAACAACAACAACAGCAUUAUUAUCAAACUACAUUGACGCCUACUAAAUUAUUAAUGGAAACAAAUAAUUGGAACUUGAAUCCUUUUGAAAAUACUACAACUACAUUAGAGCAAAAAGUAUUUAUUAAUUCUUCUUCACCAACAAAACAGAGAAAGAAAUUACUGGAAAAGAAUCGUGAAGCUGCUUACCGUUGUAGACAAAAAAAGAAAAAAUGGAUAAAUAGUCUUGAAGAGCAAUCAUACAUUGCAGAAACUAAAAAUAGAGAACUUCAAGAAAUUGUAGCUCAUCUUAGAGAAGAAAGCAUCUAUUUAAGAAACUUGCUUUUAACGCAUGGAAAUUGUGAUUGUGAAGUAGUUCAAGCCUAUUUACGUCGUACUUCAGAACAGUUAUCAAGUCGUUUACCUAAUACUAACUCUUCAUUCUCGGAUUCAUCCGAGUCUUCAUCUUCCUUAAGCUCUCAACAAAGGCAAACAUCCUUUUUCAUUUAAAUUCAAUACUAUUUAGUAUGUAUUCUGUUUCAUAUCAUUAUUUAUUUUUUAACUUGACAAAAAAAAAAAAAAAAAAAAAAA